UCGUGUUCUCCACGCACACCAGCGAAAGCUACUUAAGUCUUAUUUAUAGGAAAAGAAGAGCAUUGUGCGGAGCCCUGGACUUUGUGUGACGAUGGCGGUAGCACUGGCUGUGAUUUUACUUGGGAGCAUUUCCAUGACGGCGGCGAGUACCCAGCCCGUGAGGGAGUACUUAUCACGUAGGCAGAUGCGCACUUUCGGAGAACCUUCGCAGCUUCUAGGAAGUGAUAAAGACCUUGUACUGCUGCUUGUCUCAGAACACAUGUGGCGAAAAGAUAACUGGAGAUGCAUAAAGUCGAAGUGGGUCUGCACUGAAACCGCCAACGUAUCGUUCACACGUGAUGAUCAUUUCUGGAUACCACCGCAUCGAACCAGCAAUGGCACUUCGGAGAAAAAGCCAGGGAAACUCAGAUUCCAGUAUGAUGUGAUUCGAAAGCCUGGCGAGUAUACGAAGGUUAACACCACUUAUAUAACGGAGUCCGGUAACUACUCUUAUGGAGAAUAUCCUGUUCACUUCGCAGAUGAUGUGUGUAUGGUUAUUGCGUUUCCGAGACGAGCAAGCUACAUUUUCAAUAAAAAAUUGACUACAGACUGUAGCAGACACCAUCAAAACCCGAGACGUGAUGGACAGCUGGUGCGGGAACUUCAGGGCGGCGUGGCCAGCCGUCCUUGGUUUGUGCGUCUUCUAUGGCGUGUAUCAAGCCUUUUCUCACGCUGAAAUUAACUCUUUCCGUAUUGCAGAAGGGCAGUUUACUAAUACAGCUCAAACAGUUGUUUUAUUUGGUGUGCCUUUAAAUAUUCAAGUCCAUUCGCAACCGCAUCCACCCCAUGAGCUCCCCCAUUGACGUUAUAACAACUGGCAUGUUUUGUUACAUUCGGCCGGCCUUCACGUCUUACAGGAGUGGGCCAACAUAAAGUAUACAUGUCCGUUACCCGCAACAGCAAACAUCUUGCAGCAGCAAGCAUCAACAUCUUGUAACAGCAAACAUCAGCAAAAGCUUCGCUUUAAAACGCGACUCAUAUUUACGGUUAGCCGAGUUUCCUUAGUGCCAGUACCGGAGCUUAGGAAAUAAUCCAGGUAACUGAAUGCAAAGGAAGAGGAAAAAAACCUUGAAAAAUAAAAUAAAAAGUAAGUUUAUUUUUGCUUGCGCGGGGAAGGGCCCCCAGUUCAGGGUUCCUAUGGCUCAAGAACGUUGCUAGCUGGCCACUGGGCAUAUAAGCACACGGUGAUCGGGGUGAAUACCUGUUUAGAGAUUCGAGUCGCCCUGCAUGCGCUUCGCGCUGCUCUUUCCGUUCAGCCAGUAUCAGAAAAGUAAAGCACAAGACAUAAAGCGCACACAUUUUUAAGCAGGAACUUAUACAAACAACUUCAACGAGUAGUGCUCCAUUUUUUUUACAACCGCGGCGGGACUUGGCCAUGACCAGACGCUUCUGGGCCACAUCUUCGACUGCAAUCCACAGCUGUCGACAGAUGGGACAACGAUCCGCUGUCAUAACGGGCCUCUACAUGAGGUUGCAAGAGAAGCACUUCUGGGGCACAACUUAGGCUUCGACAACAAUGAAACAUGCCGUAAUGUGCUUUUUCGAACGACGUCGAAGCCACGCCAAAUCGUAACGAAAAUUCGCGUUGUCCUCAAUUUGAAACGGUGGUUUACGUUCCAUCGCUAGAUUUCCUACACGCAAGCUUCGACAAUCUACGCAACUGUGGGAGCUCUAACCGACUGCACGCGGCCACAACGCGCUUCUUUAACUCGGGGUGACAGGCACGCGCAAGUAAGAGCACUGUCAUACAUAAUCUCGCAAAGGUUUGUCUUACCAAGUUCCGACAUCAUUUCAUGCUAUUACAAUAUUACAGGGAAAUCGGGUGCAGCAAUCGUUGUGCCACGACAGGAAUCAGGCGCUGUAGAGGUUUUGACAUGCAUUUAUUUGAAAAAAAGUGCAUCAAACGCAGCGUCUUUUAUUAUUCUCGGUAGUUGCGUGAUAAUCUCAAGGUUCUAAUACAACAUUCGGGCGUUUUACAUUCCGAACUAUUGAUGUGAUCGCGUAAUUUGCAGCGCAUAGAUCAAUCUUGACAUUUAGAUAUGUGCCUCUCCCUAAGUCUAGACAAUGUUUCAUAAGUAGCACAGUAUGCAUGUAUGCAUUGCAUGCAUGUAUGUUCUAAAUAAUAAGUUGUCUUUGUAACUUUCUAAAAAUGAUCGAAUGGUAGAGCUUACUGGCUAAACGUGAAUAGUUAUUGCCACAUAAUAUAAACCAGUGACAAAAAAAGGAGCUUCAAUAUAAAGUGACCGCGAGAAUUCACAAGAUCGUUCGAAUCCAUAAUGGCGAAGUUAGAGGCUAAACCAUUCUGCCCAACAUUCCUGGCAUGGAGGCUGGUCAGCCGUAUAGCGCGCCGCGCACGCAACGUCUAGCGCCAAAUUUCGCUCUAUAGUAUUCUUAGAAAACUGUCUCAGACAGGCUAUGGAACAGGC